AUGAAGAAAAUGGGAUUUCUGAGAGGAUUCAAGCAGGGAGAUCCCCUUUCUCAUGCUCUGUUCAUCAUUACAGGCUAUGGGAUGCCAAAGUGGAGUUCUGCAGUAAGCCACCUUACUUAUGCUGAUGAUACCAUCAUAUUCUCAUAUGCAGUGAGUAAUUCAUUGCAACUGAUCAUGGAUACUCGUCAAAAGUAUGAAAGGAUAUCUGGACAAUUGAUAAAUAAAAGGAAAAGUUCUUUCUACAUGUACAAGAAAGUUUCAAAUGAGCUGAUUCAACAGGUGGAAGCGGUAACAGGAUUUGUGAGAGGUCAAUUCCCUUUUACAUAUCUUGGUUUUCCAAUUACUCAUGCAAGGAAGAGGAAAGUUGAUUAUACUGAGUUAUUGAAGAGAGUCAAAGACAAGUUGAAAACUUGGAAAGGGAAGAUGUUGUCUUACGGUGGAAAAGCAGUAUUAAUCACUAGUGUUCUCAAAAGCAUUCCAAUCCAUAUAUUGUCUGCUAUCAGGCCACCAAAAUAUGUUAGAAAAGAGCUUCAUAAGAUCGUUGCAAAGUUCUUUUGGAAUAACAAGGAUGAAGGAAAAAGCAGACACUGGUCAUCAUGGCUUAAUAUGUGCUUACCUAAACAUAAAUGA